AUGUCGAACCCCUCCUCUGCUGGUUCUAACUCCCCAGAGCACUCUUUGGGCUCCUCUGAGAGUGCUUCCAGUGACCACCCUCCUUCUCCACCACCAAGCCCUGUGCAUCCCCCUCUCCUUUUUCCCAUUCACCCUCUGCCUCCUCAAGUCUUCAUUCCUGAAGAGCUGAAGGCUGAAGAAGAUGUUGAGGAUGCAGCAAUUGCUGCAUUCAAGGACGCCCCAAUUAGGCGCAAGGAAGAGGAUGUUGAAGGCGAGGAAGAAGAAGAGGAGGAGGAGGAGGAGGAGGAUGAAAAGGAGAUGGAGUAUCAGGCUCUAGAUUAUCCCCGAGAGGACUCUGGGGAUAACUCGGAUACCUAUGCUCCACAGUCUCCUUGA